AUGCCACUCCUGAACUAUGGGGAUCCGCGGCCGAGUCCGUUGAACCGAGACCUGACAAAAACAAUCCACAAUGUGAAACCAUCUCAAGCGUCUCCUCCUCAUCGAGCACUCAGUGUCAAUAACAAGAAGAAGAAUGCUCAGAAAGAUCCAUCCAUGAUGAUGAGCACUACGGAGCGCCUAAAGGCGUGCUUGAAAGACAAUUGCAUGACCGAUGUGGCAUUGGUAGGCGACGAUGGAGUUCCGAUCCCAGCCAUUCGCUGUGUCCUGGGGAGUGCCAGCCCUGUCUUGAAGCAGAUUCUCUACACAACCUCAUCAAAGCGUUCACGAUAUCGUGGGUCGCCGGACGAUACCUUGUGCAUCAGCACCAGCAGCGGAACCUUGACAACCAAAGAUGAAGACGGAUUUGUCAUCACAUUGGAACCUCAGAAGAGUCGCGUGGUUCAUAUACCUGGUUUUCGUGGGAAAACUAUCAACGCUCUUGUGGAGUACUGUUGUAGCGACAGUGAUCUUCACCAAACAACCUUUUUCAAGUCCAUGUUUCAAGAUCCCAUACAACCAGCAGAGGGCGCCAGAAGUUUAAAGUUCUCCUCACUCAUUCCCAUAGAUCCAGCACAAUCUGUCAUUGACAUGCUGGACUUUGCUCAGUUAGCCAUCAAUUAUGAAAUCCCAAAGGUUCCACAGAAAGUCGUGGACGAUUUUGUUGCUCCACUUACCAAGAGAUUUCCACCGUUGGCUUGUCUCGUCAUGAACUAUUUGCUGACUGUGGAGUUCGCGGUUCGACCAGGUCAACCCCAAGUGAAUGAAUCGGCUACCAGCGGCUCGUGGAACCUCUCAAAGUCGGAUGGUUCCCUGACAGAAGAAUCCCCGGGCUUCGCCAUUUCCAACUCAUCGCAAGAAGCCAAGGAUGCCGAGAAGGUCAUUUCGGCGGCAGCAGCCUUGUCCAAGCUUUACACCACAUCACUGAACAUUAUUCGAACGCAGCCUUAUGCUGCACUGGAACCAUGGAAUCGGGAUACCGCUACAGCGCCUCCUUCCUCGGCGUCCUCGACAAGUAGCGGCUACAGCAGCAGCGGUGGCAUUUUUCCAGGCCACACUGCUCCCGAAAGCGUGACGUCGGAGUCUGUGCAAAGUGUUGGUGGUGUCUUGGUACUACAAGCCGAAACACUGAGCAAGAUCGUGCAAGACACUGAGAUUGAAUGCGACGAGUUGUUUUUGUUCAAGCAAUUGGUCCGCUGGCACAACCACCACACAUCGCACAAUUAUCCAGAGCAUCACGAGACACUGCACCAAAGACACACCAAUGAAUCAAAGAACACGGACGAUGUUAUGCCACAGCACAAGAUAAACAACACUCUUCAGCAAAUGGUGAACGGCAUCAGGACAUCCAUAGAUCAAGCUGCCAUGCCAUCCAAAACAGACAGUGACGAAGACUCGUUCCAGUUCCAGGCCAACUUUAACGAUUUCUUGGUCUCGAACGCAGAUACCAGGUCUUAUUCUUCUGGCAAGACGCAUCUGGUCAGUGAAAAUCGUAGCAGCAAGGAAGAGUCAGAAAAUCAAUGGAAGCUAAUCACUGCUGUGAGAAAGUCAAAGUCGCAGCCUACGACAGUACCAGCGGAUAGCGAUACCUUUCGUUCUAUGGCUCAAUCUACAACUUGUUCGGAUGACUAUUCAUGCCCGGAUCCAACUGCUGUAUGUCGCGAAUUGGUUCGUCAUUUGGAUUUGGCAGCGAUCGACCCAGUCCCUUUGAAAGAGAUUGUGUCAACUGCCGAGUUUGUGGACCCUAAGCUCGUCAUGGAUGCUCUCUGGCAACAAGCCACUCUGGCGAGCCGACAGGGUGGACUUUCCUUUGGUUCUAUUGUUCGUGGCACGGGAGGUCCUGGACUUGCUUUGCCAGGACUCCUGUCUGACUUGACGCCCAACAAGCAAAAAAAGAAGGGACCGCCCGAACACCAAUACUACAAGUCUCACAUCCUUGUGCAAGGAGCCGGAGUUGAAGAAUGCAAUGGAAUCUAUGUGCAAGUCAUAAUGCAGCAAACGCCGAACAACGAUGCAGUUAAAGUGCAAGAAAAGCCGUAUCAGCAGUCCAAAACGUUGACUGGUCUCAAGACUCUCCGAGAUAUCCCAACGCUGCUGAGCGCUGUUAGCGAGACAAGCGAGACAACCUCUAGUUCUGACUACGCGACAGGUCCUCAACCCCCACCACAAACCGGUGCAACUCAAACUACACCUACACGAACAAUAAGGGAGAUUCCUCCAGGCAUUUGUUUGCGAUUCAUCAAACAAACCAAGCGCAAACAACAACAUAAAGGCAAGACAUGGUAUCUGGUUUGUCGGCGUGAGGUUAUCGACGAAGACGAUCGCUGUAGUCCAGUCUCGUUCCAGCACCAAUGGAGCGUAAUCGAACAAGACAAUCGUGACGGAGGGCAACUUCGUGUUUUGUACGAAUGGGAAAAUGAUGAAGAAGCUCGCGAUCCCUGGAAGUGUGAUACACCAAUGUCUAGCAGGCAAAAGGCCUCUGCCGCUGCUCCUCUAGUUGUGCUUGAUUCGUCAUCGCUUCAGACAUUCCCUGAACGUGGCUGGUCAUGUGUGCGCAACCGCUACUUUCCUCCGCCAACCUGUCAAUGGUUUCGACCACGACAUGGAUCUCCUCUUUUGGUUGUCCCACCGGUCAAGCUGAUAGAAAGGAAGGUGCCGAUAGCACACAACCCACGGAUCAGGCCUCUUCCUCCUUUUCCGAGACCCAAAUCUGGCGCUCUUUUGGCCAAAACAUCAGAAUCGUUGUUUGGCUUGUCGUUAUUGUCAGCGUCAGGAGACUCGGAAUCAGAGUCACCUAAAAGCCGCAGAGUCAACAUCACCGUAACCAGGAGGGACGAGAAGAGUCGUUGCGCGACAACCGUGGGCAAUCAGACAUCCACAAGCAGUAGUUUCCAAAUUCAGAAAGCACGGAAUCGAGUCAGCCUGGCUGAUGCCUCCCUCGAGACCUCGGCACGAGGAGAAGAUUCUAAUGGAAAUUGUAUCGAAAUCUAA